UAGUUCUGUCAACGUCAAAGUUUUUGUUCGACGCCAAGAAACUAUUGUCAAAUGUUCAAUUACUAUCUUAGAACUAAACAAAUUCCAUAAUAAUAAUAGAUCAUUGUUAAUUGUUUUUGAACUCGGAAUUUUUACCUAAAUUAGUUAUAGUUUUGCAUAUUAACUUAUAUUGUUCGCUGUGCAUUUUCGACAUUUGAGAAUAGUAGCCCCGGCGAGCAAACUUAGGUCGACAUUUUGUUUCUUUUAGUAGUAUUUGAAAGCAAGUAAAAACUAAAAUAUGAGCGAAAAGUUUGAACCCAAUGGUGAUUAUUAUGCAGAAAAUUUUAAAAGAAAGUCUGGCGCAGAGCCCGGUACAAAUGGUACCGAAGAUAAUGCGGAAACUGAAGAGAAUAUAGUAAUUCAAAAAGCAAGUGAAUAUGUUAGAGAAUUGUUAGCUGAGAAGUUAUUGAUUGAUCAAAACAAAUUACCUAAUGCCGCUCGGUUGUUGGAGCAAGAGGUAGCUAAAACUCAAUCUCUAGGAAGAGCUCCUGUGAAAGAAAAUAAAUAUGUUGACAUUUAUAGAGAGAAGCCCAUCAAAGUUACUGUCAAAGUCUUAGUACCUGUUAGAGAACAUCCAAAGUUUAAUUUUGUCGGUAAACUUUUGGGGCCAAAAGGUAAUUCUAUGAAGCGGCUUCAAGACGAAACAAUGUGCAAAAUGGCCGUAUUAGGAAAAGGAUCAAUGAAAGAUAGAGCUAAAGAAGAGGAAUUAAGAAAUUCUUUGGAUCCUAAAUACAGCCAUUUAUCAGAUGACCUCCACGUCGAAAUUUCGGCUCUUGGCCCCCCAGCAGAGGCUCAUGCAAGAGUUGCAUUUGCAUUGGCAGAAGUGAGAAAAUAUCUUAUACCCGAUAAUAAUGAUAAUAUAAGACAAGAACAAAUGAGAGAAAUGGAGUUAUUUGGAGAAAGAGGAAAUGCUUUAGAUGAUAGAGAUACCAGACUAAGGAGGUCAGCUCCAAGCAUUCCUAGACCAUCUAUACCUAGACCACUUCCUCCAGCAAUGCGUACGGUUACAAGAGUACCUGUAACUACGCCUAGAGUUAUGCCUGCAAAAACUAAAAUUAUGUCAAUUUUGGAUCGUGCUCGUGUUGCUAUGGAAGAGAGUUAUGGAUAUGAAGAUGAUUAUGGAUCUACUUCGCCAGGUUACAGUAGUUUUUCUAGCUCAAGAGCACCCUACACUUCAGGAUAUUAUGACGACUAUGAAACUGAUUAUUAUAAAGGCAGCACCUCCGGUUUUGAAACAUCAUCACGACCUUGGAAGACUUCAUCUUAUCCUAAAACAACUCCAAGUACAUCUUCAUCUUCACGUCUGGCCGAAACAUCUCGUUAUAAAGGUUCUCCCUAUUCCAGACCAUUAAAAUAAAGGACCAAAUUUUGAUCAGGGUUCCCAAUUAAAUAAAAAAAGACAAUUUUUUACUUCGAUAAUAAUUUUAUUGUAGGGAGAUGUGUGUAAUAUUUUAUGUGCAAGAUAAAUGAUAAUGCUUAGUUAUUUAAAUAAAGUUUAUGUUCGUCUAUUAAACAUAUAAAUUAACAACACUUAAUAUGCUGAUCCAACUUAUAGGCGCUGGUACUUAAAAAUUUCUGCUUAAUUCUGGGUGGCUGUACGUAGACGCUUGCUUUGUUAUCUGUAGUAUCGAAAUUAUUAAAGAAAAUGAGAAUCAAAAAAAGUUUUUAUUGCAAUUUUCACUUACUAUUUAUAUAUGAUACAAAAAUGUUUUAAGUGCUGUUUUUACUAGUACACAACUAAAGUGAAACUGAAACGAAAUUUCAUAAAUUAUGUUGAGUUAUGUUGAAUUUCUUGAUUGUACCCUUAAUUUGUAAAACUUAGAGGUAAACAUAAUCCAAAGAGAGAUGUUAUUUUUCAAAUGCAAAAAAGUUCGACAUUCAUUUUACAAUUGUUUAUUUUUCCUGUUAUAUUAUUUUUCUGGACAGUUAAAACGUUUCGUAAAAAAUGAAUUGUAACGUUUCGUGGUUAAAGGUUCGUUAAUAAAAUUUUAAGUUAAAUUACUACUCCACGUUUAUCCCAUUUACAUCACAAUUAUCUCGCUAAUUACAACACUGCCCGUAUUUUCUUCUAUUGUUUGCAUGUAUCUUUAACAUUCCAAUACUACUCUAUUAUGAGCUCCUACCUUCUAUGAUGUUUCAGAAUAUGGUUGAAAUUUCUGUGUCUAGUAGUAGCCACUUCUUCUGAAAACAUCUUCAACGCAGGUUAACGCUACGCGAACAGAUCGUAUCGUUACAUGCUAGGUGUGGGUUUGUUCAUUCGAUCACUGGAUAGGAGUUGAAACAGUCUUAAAAUGUUUUAGUAUUUUAUUUACACCGAUAUAUACAGUAGACACUGAAUGUAACAUUUAAUAAAAAUGACAAAAAGUUGGGUCGAUUAUAUGCAUGCGUUAUAGAUUAGAGGUAAAUUUUGAAGUCUUUCGCCUGCCUGUAAAUCCAAGAGUUUACAGCUACUUUCACUUCUUCCUUGUUACUGAAGCACUUUCCGCCAAGAUGGUGUAAACUCCCUGAUUCAUUAUCGGACUUUAUUAUCCUUAUUAUCACUGAUUGCUUCAGUACCAUAAACUUCUGCUAUCUAGUGAUGACUGUCUGCAUCCGACAUGAAAACGGAGAAAAGCUGAAAAUAUGUUAACCAUCAUAUAUACAAUUUGUACAGAAUUAUGUGUACAAUGAUUUUUUUUGUUCAAUUAUCGCAAAGAACCUGUUAUAAUUUUAAGCAUUAAUUCUUCUGGUUAUUUUCUUUGAAAGAUUUUCCCAAUUUAUCGUUGAUCAUUGUUUUCACUCAACACUUCUAUUUCAUUCUUUACUUUUCUUGUAUUUUAACGUUAUCGUUACUUUUGUCUUAAUUAACGUAUAUUGUGAUACAUCUAGACAUAUCCCUCUAGCAGAUACCUUGGUUUUAAUUUCGAACAAUUCUCCGUUUUCGGGUUAUAUUUUGUCAAGGGUGGACUGAACAUAUUAUUUAUUCAUGUUCAUUGCGGUACAUGAAAAGGUUGAGACUAGAUUUAUAUGUUAAAUUGAAAACACCGUCCGGCUUAUUUCAUGAAGACAAUAGAUGUUUGACAAUAGAUAUGAGUUGAAAAAUUUACGAAUUUAUUGAAGAAAUUUCCAGUUUUGUAAAAUCGAUUGGGGUGACUUAUUCUGACUUGAAAAUUUUCUAUAAAAUUAGGCAAAAUUGCACGAAUGUAUCUCAUAUACAGAUAGAGGUAGUGGAAAACGUCGAGCUAUGACCUUGGAAAUACUGAACGGCAACGUACAUAGAAUUAUUAGUAAAAUAAGACGAAAAAGCAUUAUAAACUUGUUAAGGCCUUAAUAAGUUAUUAUUAUAUCUAAAAUAAAUAUUAGUAAAAAAAUAAAAAUUUUAUCUUCAGUUUAUAAUUAAAAUUGGCAAUCAAAAUUUAAGUUAAAAUUAAAUAUUUGACCAAUGUGAAUGUUUUCCGAUUAACUGAAUCUGAAUGCAACACAUCCGCAUCACAUGAUUCUUACAUUAUUUUUUUUUUCUGCAGGUGUGAUCAAUUAUUAUAGGAAAUAUAAAAUCGAGUUCACGCACUAGUGUGUGCUAAAAAAUACUAUACGCACUAGUGUGUGAAGAAUAUCUCAUUUAUUUAAUAUUGUUACUCCAAUAAAAUACAUACAAUCAAUAAGAAAAUCUCAAAAUUUUCUCACAGAUUUUAUUAUUAAAUAUUUUUAUGGGAUUAACUGAAUGAUAUAGACUUCUUGGUAAUAUACGUGAUACAAUCGGAACAAAACGAGUUUGUUGUUAUAGGGAAAAAAUAUUAAUAAUAAUUAAUUAAAUCAAACAAUUGUCAUUUGAUACUGAAAAGUUAUAUGAUUGAAGUUUGAAUUAAAGUAAAAAAAAAUAACAGGCUACAAGAUGAGUUUGCAACCUAAGACUUCAUCGUCGACGGCUGAAAAUUCACUUUAGCUGUCACCACUAUCCUCGUCCCCUAAGUUUAUUAUUUAAAACGCCACGUUGUCCAUUGCUUGCUCUCCUUCGACUUCAUUUUGAAAGAUCACAUUCGCGCAAAUAUUUUUCCAUGUUCUAUAGGCACCUCACAAAAUGUUUCUCUGUUAAUUUCACACAUCAUCUAAUUUAAAAGGUACGUACGUUGCAAGCAGCUACAUCGUUCUUCACCAAAGCCCAUAUUUUUUCUAUUGGGUUUAGCUCCGGAUGAUAGGGUGGUAAACGUAACUUUAAAAUGUCAUGUUCUGCUAAAAUUUCAACUAUUAUAUAUGUUUUAAAACAUGCGUUGAACUUUUAUAUAAUUGUAUAUAGCUCAGCUUUAGUUGAUUUUAACUUAAAAAUUUUUCCAUGAAAAAAUUAGAAUCGCUUCUAACAGUGUAUUGUGGGCAUCAUCCAAUACCAAUACACAUUUUUUUUUGGAGUACCGGGAAUGAAUUUUUCUUUUAACCACUUUACAAAAUUUGUAUUGUUCAUGUCGUCGUGAAAGUCUACGGUUUUCACUCUCGAUUUUCUAUUCCCUUCACCUACAAUACGUUUCUCCGAGGUAACAGAAACAUCAUACGUUUUGGCUACUCUUUUCUCUUCUUCUAUUCUUAUAAAUUGUACUACUCAUGUUCCUAAAUUUUGACUUAAACAAAGGAUCUCAAGAACUAAGAAAAAAACAUUUUAACAUUUCAACGUAAAUAUGAGAAUUAAAAAAAAUACUCUCUCAUUAUCUUUUUUAUUCAAAUUUUUAAUUUCAUAUACCCAAUUUUUAAACCAUUCGAUAAUGUAACAACUGAAAUAUUCGUUAAAAAUUUGAUUUUCCCUGCAAAGUAGAGCUACUCAACUAUAAAUCGAACUCUAUUUUAUCAAAAACUAAUUCAUAUAUUCCUUACUAUCGAGUAAAUUAAUCCACUUCCUACACAAAAUAUUCUCACAAAUUCUCACGAGGUGCAGGGUACUUUCACGAGCGUUAGCGAGUGGCAUAAAUUACCGAGUGAAUAAUAACUCAUUUUACGCGAGUAGAAUACUGUACUUUAUCUACGACUACUCAAUAUUUUUGUUACAUUAUUAAAAACACUACUAUUAUUUUAUUCUAACCAAUAUUUUACACAAUAUAUUAUUGUUUAUUCAAACAUAGUACAUAGUUAUCGAAAAUUAUCAUAAUCCUAUAUGUCUAUAAUAACCAACACAAAAAUCUAUGUAUUGUUUCAAAAAUAUUGGGUAUCUAAUAUUACAAGAGGAUGGUAUUUAUUUAUAGUUAUUAAUAAUCCCUUUUGCCAAUUCAAAAUUCAAAUGCUAUAUUACAUACUUUCCUCGACCUUUCCGGCAAUAAAUUUAAUGAGGCAACAACAGCUUCUCUAAUUUCUGAUGGUAUUGAAGAAAACUCAGUUUCAUUUUCUAUAUCCAUUUUUAGUUGGUUUUUAACAUAAUUUAACAUAAAAUAUUACAACAUUGAAAAAUCUAAGGACACAAUAAUGUUGAAAGGUGUGAGCCAAUUUUAUAUUGUUUCAAAAGGUAUCUACUUCAAUUUAUAAGUUGUUUCAAAAACCAUGGUGCGUUAAAAUAGAGAUAUUGGGAUCUCUAGCACUAGGGUACGCUAUCUGGUGGCGAAAUUUAAUAUCAGAGGUCGAACCGAUAACAGCUGAUUACAAGUAUACAAAUAUUUAUGUGGAAAUAAUUAUUUUUCUAAUUCUAUCACUUGAUUAUACAUACAUUAUUUAGAGUGAAAAUUAAAUUAAAAAGUAAAGUGUGCUGUUGUGUAUUUAAUUGUAAAAGCAAAGCUUGUUCGUGAUGAAACAAUUAUCUCCAUUUUCAACCUUCCACUAAACAUUUUGUGUAUAGAAUAAACAAAUUUGGAUCAUUGAUAGACGUAUAGCUUGGAUACUGCAAGAACAUGUUUACAUAUACCACUUAAACCAGCAUCAUUCAUGAACAACUCAUUCCAAUUAUUCAACCGUCUUUUAAUAUUUCAACUGUUAUUUCAUGCGGAUUAUCUUUAAUAUGUGAUGUUAGUAAAUAAAAAUCCAAAAUACUUACAAUUACAACCACUAUUUGGUACUUGUCCACACUUUUACAACCAAUGAGAAAUUUUUAUAGCUUGUUUUUGUGCAAGCAAAUUUGCAAAUUUCUUGUAACGUAAUUUUGCUUUUAUAUUUAAAUUAUAAAGAAAUUUAUAAAAAUAUUUUUAGAUAAUAUCCACGUUUAUUUAUAUGCAUAAAGUGACUUACUGACUCCAGUUCAUAUUUUUACCAUUAUGGAAAAUUUUCUAAGCCACGCCUCUACCAGAGAUCCCAAUACGAUAAACACAUUGAAUGUCGCUUAUAGCUCUUUGCUAUUGCUCAGUGUUUUCAAACUUCAGGUCCCGGGUGCGAAUCUGGUCUAGGAACAUUUACUUUGCAAUUUUUUUUCAUUUGUGCAGAAAGUAUCUGACAGCAGUUAUUAAUGGAUUCAUUAAUCACUGCCGUGACUAAUGCGAUUAUUAAGAUAGAGAGUAGGAUCUCGUUUCAAACAUAAAAUUGUGUUUUGCGUCAGUAUGACUCAUAACUCUACAUGAUUUCCACUACCUAUACAACCUUUUUUGUAAUUGUUAACCGACCAACACGAUGAGACGGUUGUUGGUUAGAUAUUAAGAAUUAAAAUUUCGGUUAAUUAGGUAAAAAAGUAGUUUUAUUGCAAAUAAUGUGGUCAACCAUCAUUGGUUAGCCCGAAGAUACAUUACAUAACUGUUAUUUGAAAUAUGGGAACCCUGUAUUUUUAUCAAAACAAAAUCAUUCAAGUUUAAGAUACAAAAUUCUAGUUACAAAUAUGCAUCCUAAUACAAUCUAAAUAAUUGUAUUAAAUACAUUUCCACUUCAAGUUUAGAACUAUAAUUUAAGUGAAACUUCUUUUUCAUAUAAUAGUUUUAUCAUUUAAAAUAUACUUUUAAUAUCAAUUAUAUAUUUUGUUGUUGUCUCUAACCUGUUAGAUAAAUAAAAAAAAAUAAGAGACUUAAGUAGUGUUGACUCAAGCAUUAAUGCAAACGGCUGUAAUCUACCAAAAAAAUUUGAAACCUUUUUAAACAUAGAAAAAUUAAAAACUCUAUAACUUAAUAAUUAUCUAUGACU